ACUUUAUAUUCAGAGCACCCAUUAAAUUAAGCAAACCAGGGGAACUCCGAGAAGAAUACGAAAGCCAGCUAAGGAAGCUGAGAGAAGAAAAACUACAAGAGGAGAAAGCUUCUGAGGACCUGAUUCACAAGUUCGUUCUGGACGACGGGGAUGUAGGAAAAAGGAAAAUGGAAGAACAGCAGAAAAAAGAGGACUCUUUAGUUCUUAAAGUGAACCAAGAGUGUUUCCCUGAACGUCUCUCGGAUUCGGAGAAUGAAGAACCAUUCCAGGGCAGGCAAACACAUCGAUCAGCUUUCGUUUCCAAGACCAGUGCCUACUCCUUUGCUUUCCUUUCAGGGAACCUAACCGCCAAGGUGGAAAGGAGCCGGAGCUGCAACGACACCAUUCAGGAGAGAUCAAAGAGCAGGCAGAGAUCAGCCCCAGCCAACAAAACAAAGGUGCCACCCGUCACCAGCACGUCCACACCACUGGUUGGGGUUUUGUCAUCCACCCAGAACAACCGCUGCCUCUCAGCCCCAGACCUGACAGCAGAGAAGCGCCUGGUUCUCAACCCUGUUUCAUCCCUCUCAGCCCUGCACAAGCCAGAGAGAUCCAUCAGCCCCGAGAGCAACGACAGCAUCUCAGAGGAACUCAACCACUUCAAGCCCAUCGUCUGCUCUCCGUGUACUCCACCAAAGAGGCUUCCUGACGGCCGGGUCCUGAGCCCCCUCAUCAUCAAAUCCACCCCGAGAAACCUCAACAGGAGCCUGCAGAAGCCAACGACCUACGAGGCCAGUCCAAGAAUCCUGAAGAAGUGGGAGCAGAUCUUUCAGGAGCGCCAGAUCAAAAAGACUCUCUGCAAAGCGACCCUCACGUCCUUGGCUUCAGAGCCUGGGGAAGAUGUUGCAGCUCCUGACAUCACCCACUCCAGCAGUUGCACUAAAGAGCAGCCACAAGCACGGGAUGAUCAUCUUCCACCCGACCCCACAGGAGACCCUCGCCCCGAACUGGAUUUCUUCCCUUCCAUCAGUGAAACGAAGCUGGGAAAAGGGAAUGAGAAGAACAGAGAUUCCCAGGCCUUAACCACAGACGAGAGCACCACUGAUCCAGAUGUGAGAUCAAACAUCGCCUCCCUCAACCCACGAGUGUCCGAAGUCCCUGACCUUAAAGUGAACACCUUCAUGGACAAAUCCUGUCUCGGCCUCGGCUCAAAAGUGCUGAGCAGAAGACUCCUGGGUGUGAGCACAUCGCUUCCCGACAGCACCGCACUGAAAGCACCGGGGAAGAAGCAGCUGAAAUACCUGAACAACAGCGAGUUGAUCAAUGUCCAGAACAGCACCUGCAGCUCGGUGGAGAACAUCAUCGCGGAGCAGCCGCCGGUGCUGAGACGGGGCCGCAAGAGACGCUGCAAAACAAAGCACUUGGAGCACAACGGCUCCGUCAAGAGACUGAGGCACCCGGCGGGAGAGGUGGGGCUGGUGCCCGAGGUGCGGGACGUGGAGCAGAAGCUCCAGCAAGAGGAGGAGGACAGGAGGUUGGCCCUGCACCUCCAGAGGAUUUUCGACAGCGAGAACAGGACAGUGGAGAGGCGGAAAGUCAGAGUGGAGCGGUACCUGCUGCGCUCCAAGAGCACGCUGGGUGCCAAGUAG